UUCACUUAACAUCAGUUGUAUUAAUUUGCAUUUUCUUUUGUUUUAAUGUUAAGUUAUAUUGUGUUUAAGCAAGAAAAAAAGUUAUAUUGAGCUAAAAAAACAUUUACACCAGAAUCCAAGAUAAAUGUUCAAUAAUUCCACUUUUAUUGUUGAUGUCAGUUGAGAAAUCCACUUUGAAAUAUGUAAAAUCCAAAAAUCUAUGUGGCCCAAUAUAUUGCACACUAGAAACAUGAAAGGGGCCCCUGCUCUGGCCCAAUCUUCUUUGCUUUGCACACGAACAAGCCCCCCCCCCCCCUCCCUCUCCUCUUUGGGAUCGGAAGAAAAAUUGACAAGCAAAUUUCGGAAGGAGAAGAAAUCAAAUCGGAAAAAAAAAAUGGAAAAGAAGAGUAACGGCGAGUCCGAUGUCAACGGUAAAUGGGACGCGUGUAUCGAUCUCACUGCUCGUCGCGUGGUCUGCUCCUCCCUCGGCGGCGCGUUCGCCGGUCUUCUCUUCUUCAGGAGUCCUGUAACAAGAUGGGCGUCGACUGCUUUUGGUGCUGGAAUCGGUAUUGGCUCUGCAUACGCAGAUUGUUCUCGUUUCUUUGAUUCUUCAUCGUCUGCAACUUCACCCAAGAGUAUAGAGACUUCUUAUUUUGUAUCUCAGGCUGCGGAAGAGUACGAGAAAGAAGAAGCGUGAGGAUAAACCCAAACAUUGAUGGGUUUCUAAUACAAGAGUUUGUUACUUUGUUUUGUAUGAAACUGGUUGUUGAUCUUGCAUGACAUGGCUUUGGAGAUAACAUGACCAAUGUUGAACCUUUGCUUUUCAGUGACGUUUUGUACACACUGACUUAUCUACUCAUUCCGACUUCUUUUUGGAUAAAUUAUUGAGUUCUUACA